CAUCAGGUGAGCCACGAUGGGUGCAUACAAGUACAUCCAGGAGCUGUGGAGGAAGAAGCGGUCUGAUGUGAUGCGCUUUCUUCUGAGGGUCCGCUGCUGGCAGUACCGCCAGCUCUCUGCGCUCCGCAAGGCUCCCUGCCCCACCUGGCCGGAUAAAGCGCGCAGACUGGGAUACAAGGCUAAACAAGGUUAUGUUAUAUACAGGACUCGCGUGCGCCGUGGUGGCCGCAAACACCCAGUUCCUAAGGGUGCAACCUACGGCAAGCCUGUGCAUCAUGGUGUUAACCAGCUCAAGUUUGCUGGAAGCCUUCAGUCUGUUGCUGAGGAGCAAGCUGGACACCACCGUGGGGCUCUAAGAGUCCUGAAUUCUUACUGGGUUGCCUCAAGCUAUCACCCUGGGUAG